GCCGCCAGCAGCUGCCGCUCCGAGCCUGCCAUCCUUCCCGGCACCGGGCCCGGCACUGACCCUGACCGCGCCGCUCCUCGGGCUCCUGCGCUGAAUCAAAAUAAUACGGAGAGAAGAGGAACAAAGUGAGAUGUUAACUAACAACAUGAAGUUACUAAUCUUCCUCACAGUAACUCUGGGCACACUUGUCACGGGACUAGAUUCUGUUUAUGGCAAGAAGCAUUACCAGCUGCUAUAUAAACACAGAUCAGAUCACAAGGAAUGCCAUUGUUUGAAUGGAGGAACCUGCAUUACCUAUUACCUCUUCAGCAGAAUUAAUCGUUGCAUAUGCCCAGAAGGGUACACUGGGAUUCACUGUGAACUAGACUCUGACAGUGUAUGCUAUACUAAGAAUGGGGAGGACUACAGAGGAAUGGCAACAGAAGAUGCAUGUCUGCCAUGGGACCUUCCCUCAGUAAUCAGAAGGGGUCAUUACCAUGCUCACUUGAGAAAUGCUUUGCAGCUUGGACUGGGCAAACACAGCUACUGCAGAAACCCAAAUGGAAGAAGCAGGCCCUGGUGUUACAUUAAAAAGGGAUUCACCAUUCAAGAAAUGCCCUGCAACAUAGAGAAGUGUGGGCAUGCAUGUGGUCAAAGGAGCAUCAGCAAGUACUUCAAGAUUGUUGGUGGAAGCCAGGCAGAAGUUGAGUCUCAGCCUUGGAUAGCUGGCAUCUUCCAAAACAUAAGGGGCACAGACCAUUUUCUGUGUGGUGGCAGCCUCAUUGACCCUUGCUGGGUACUUACAGCAGCACACUGUUUUAAUACUCCGUCAAAAAAACCACAAAACAAAUCCAUCUACAAAGUCUUCCUUGGAAAGUCUAUACUGAAUGUUACUGAUGAUAAGGAACAAGUAUUCAUGGUUGAUGACAUCAUCUCUCACCCUGACUUUACAGAUGACACAGGUGGCAAUGAGAACGAUAUUGCUUUGAUAAGGAUAAGAACACCCUCUGGACAGUGUGCAGUAGAAUCCAAAUAUGUCAGAACAGUCUGCUUGCCAGAGAAGAACCUUUAUUUACAAGACAAUACCCGGUGUGAAAUAUCUGGCUAUGGCAAACAAGAUUUUUAUGACAUUUACUAUGCUCAAAGACUGAUGUCAGCCACUGUAAACUUAAUAUCACAGACAAAAUGCAAACGUGACUACUACGAUGAUAUCAGAGUUACUGACAACAUGGUCUGUGCUGGAGAUCCCAUAUGGGAGACUGAUGCAUGCAAGGGAGAUUCCGGUGGCCCCAUGGUGUGUGAGCACAAUGGCAGGAUGACGCUUUAUGGGAUUGUCAGCUGGGGUGAUGGCUGUGCAAAAAAGAACAAGCCUGGUGUUUACACCAGAGUUACUCAAUACCUUAACUGGAUUGACUCCAAUAUGAAUGCAGUAAUUGCCAAGAGUCGUUUUCUCCCUGAACCAAAGUGACCUUUUUUCUACACCUGGACUCAAAUGAACAGGACUAAGCCUAUACUGAUGCUAGGACACUAAAGUCCUGAAUGUCAUAAGGGGCUUUCCUUUUAAAGGCUCAUGUGGUCUGCCACUCACAUCGGUGUUCCUGAGGCAGAGAGAUGGCUGAUACAUAUCUUACUACUCUGAAUUACCUGAAAACCACUCCAUGGGAAGCUAAAAUAUUUAACAUUUAAAUGAGUAUUCCCAUGCAUGAUACUAUGCAUAUCAAGUUAUCAGUCCAUUUUAUUUAUGAACCAGCAUUUGGUCUGGAAGUCUUGGUAAAGUUCUAACUUACACUCAGGCCAUAUAUAAAGUGAAUACUUGAGUUACAAUCUCCUCUCAUCACACUGAACAAUGCUAAGACUCCUAUUGUGGAAACCUAACCUGUUAAGACAGAGGUGAUUGGGCUUUGCAUCAGAAGGAGAAAGAAACAGUAUUGGCAUUAUUAUCACUAAUGCUUGAAGGACCAAAGUCUACUUAGACUGGGGCACCACUACAUAUACAGGGUUCACUACUAUAGACCCAACAUUUAGCAAAAUCUUAAGGAUGGCACCUGUAGCUGUGUCAGCAUUAUGAACUCUUAAUGUAUUCCACUUAAGAACUGUGCUGUAAGAAGGCAAAUUGUAAACUUCACUGGACUUCUAGGUUGCAUCUGAAGGUGUCUGAGUUCCCCUGAAAAGCCUGAUAAUGCAACCUCUCUCCAUGUACCUAUGCACCUAGGAGAGGAUUUAAGGACUCAGUACCCUUUGAAUGCUGCAGAUGUCAAAAGUCAGAACUUUAUUUCCAUUAAUUUAACUGAUAGUAUAUGGAAACUACUACUUUUUUUCCCAAGACUUAUGCUGGUUUUAUUUUUAAACUUGUUUUUGUUUUAUAAACUUGAAUUAUUUGUAUGAGGGCUGGAACCUCAAGCUUUAUUUAAUAAUUUUUACUGUUUAAUUUAUUGUUUGUAUUAUGGAUGUUAAAAAAUCAUUAAACACCCUAUUAUUCU